ACAGCACCACUUGUGGGUGUGUGUGUGUGUGUGUGUGUGAGAGAGACAGAGAGACUCAGUGUUCCUAGCAGGUUUAACGGUGCCGGUAAAAAGGGAGGAGAGGAGAGAUCACAUCCCCUCGUGAAGGGCGCUGCUACAAUGACACUAUUAAGUGAUUUUACACAAGCGCUCGUUUCUAUUGGCACGCAAGGAGUUCAUUAGUUCCUCAUCUCACACUUUCAAUUUUACGCUCUUGGACAGCACGCGCGCGUGUGUGUGUGUUCGCCGGAGCCCUUCAAGGCUCAAGUUCCUCUUUCGCGGAACUGCAGCGUCUCCUUUCAGCACGUGGAGCUCGUUGUUGCCGAGGCGCCACACGCAAGGGAGGGACAGUAACCAGGCGGCGCGCGCGCGUCCGUGCCUGCGGCUCACAAAGGAUCCCUCUGGACUCCGGACCCUUCCUGCGCCAUGUCCCCCCGCGGGAGCGGUGGGGGGGGCGCUCCGCUCCUCCGCUCGCUGUCCGUCGUCGCCGUGCUGCUGCUGUGCCCGAGGCCCUGCUCCCCCUCCCCCUCCCCCUCUUCUGCCGGACACCUGGACAAGGUGGAGCUCGGCGCCGGCUCGCGGCUCACCUGUGCGCAGGUGUUGACUGACUGCAGGGUCACAGACGAGCUCAUCGGGACGCCGUCGUCCGGGCCCGUGGAUCUGGGACGAGUGGAGCUGCGCGCCGUGCUGUGCUGCACCGCAGGCGCGGAGUGCGUGCCGUGCAUGAAGAUCGUCACACACCUCACCGUCACGGAGAGGACGGAGCUGGAACUGUUGGGUGACGAUGACGAUGACGAUGACGAUGAUAACGACAGUGAGCACGUCGAUGACAUAGAAGGUGGAGAUGAUGAUGAAUACGACCGCACUGAGAACGAGGGGAAAGAAGAAGGCAGCGUGAGCGGUCCAGAUGCACCCCCCACACUGCCAGGUGAGAAGCGGAACAAGAGAAAGAACGCGACGCUCAGCCUGCAGCUCUCUGGUCCCGUGCCAGUCGAGACAGGAGCCACUCUGCCCCCUGCUGCUCGCUCUGCGGAAUCACCUGUGUCCCUGAGGGUGUGUCAUGGCGUCCCGCACCUCUUCCCCACAUGCAAGAGGGUCGAGUUCACAGUGCCCGCCGGUGCGGCACAGGGGCACGAACAGCCGGAGGUGUGGUUCUCCCUUGUCGUAUCAGAAAAGGUCUUGUUCGACAGCCAAGUGACAGUGUGGGUCCUCCAGCAAAACUUUUCGCUCACCUUCCCCUCCAAGAAGGACGUUUGCUCCCCGGCCCUGCACCAGGUCGUGACCCACUGCGAUGUCCCAGCACUGCGGACCGUAAUCGACCGUCAGAACGCUGCGGUCACCCUGCAGCUGGACGACAGAGACGCGAGACGCGCCCUGGACGUGGGGCUCUGCAUCAAGUAUGGUGAUCGAGACAGGUGCUCCUACCGCCAGUGGAAGAGCACCGAGAAAAUCACCCUCCCGCUGAGCUCAGUCGUCCCCUGCAUGUGCUUCCAGGUGUGGUGGAUCCAGAAAGACUCGCUGCGUGUGCAGAUGUGUCCGUUCCUCAACCGCACAGAGUUCCUCCAGAACGUGUGGGACAAUAUUUCCGUGUCUGUAAGACCGUCUCAGACGCAUGAGGACGAGGCCGUGCUGGAGUGGACCGUGAGCGCCCCCUGCAGGCUGGAGGCGGAGCUGUGGCCGUGCCGGAUGGGGGCGGCAGAGGCGAGCCGCUGCAGGGAGGUGGAGGGGAUGCGGCAGAGUCUGCAGGGCGAGCGACAGAAAAGUGGAUGGUUUUUUCACCUGCAGCCGCACCCGUCCCUGUGUGCUCAGAUGAAGGUGAAGGGGAAGGAUGUGGAGCUCGGCCCCUACUGUCCCCUGGCCUCUGCUCGAAGCCGCUGGAGCCUGGUGGUGCUCUUCGUCAUCAUGGUCGUCUGUAUAGGCAUCUUGGCGAUGUACCUGUUGCAUGGCACCCUCAAACGUCUGGUGUCCAGGUGGUUCAAAGACAGCAGCAUCAGGGGGGCCGUGGAGGGCGGCCAGGUGCUGCUGCUGUGCCCUCCGGACUCGGACCCGCGCGUCGCCGCCCUCGUGUGCCAGCUGGGCUCGUCUCUGUCGCACCUCGGCUUCUGCGUCUCCCUCGAGCUCUGGAGCCGCCGUGAGCUGAGUGCCCUCGGACCUGUGCCCUGGCUGCACUCACGCCUCGACCGCCUGCAGCGCCACGGGGGCAAGGCGGCGCUGCUGCUGACGCAGGCCGCCUGGCAGCGCGCCCACGAGUGGGCCCGCAGCGAGCCCGAGAGCGCCCCCCGGAGCCCGGCACGCACCGACGUGUUCGGCGCCUCGUUGAGCUGCGUUGCGGCCGAUCGCCUGCAGGGCCGCGCCGGCGAGCGCUUCGUUCUGGCGCGGUUUGAGGCGCUGCCCCCCGUGCCGCUUGGUGCCGGGCAGCCACUCCCCGAACCCUUCCGGGGCCUGGCGCUCUACAGCCUGCCCUCGCAGAGCCUCGGCUUCCUCACGGAGCUGGCUGGCGCCGCGGGGGGCCGAGGGCAGAGCCGGCGGAGGAGGGCGGGUGGCUUGAGGGCGGCGUCCCGCGCACUGGCGCUCGGUCUCCGGGCAACGGGCACGUCCGGUGGGGGGGACACCUGGGAGACGGUGCCCCUGCAGCGCUGGGCGUUGGAGGGGCCCGACGGCACCCCCUAGUGGAGGGUGCAGGAGCGUCCCGGAGGACUCGUGUUCCCAGAAUGCCUUGUGCUCCAGCGCCUAGGACUGACAGGAGAUGAUGGCCCAGGAGAACCUUCCUGAGGUCGAGCAGUUCAAACGCCGAACUUCCGACUGAAUUUUCAUCUUCUUUCCGUGUCUUUCGAGGACCCGAGCAUCUCUCUCGGCUGGACUGGACCGGAAGCUUCUCUCGCGAGUACCGCGGUACAGCGCUGUGUCAUAAGACACAAGAGUGUGACAGGAAAGGAGCUACAGCUGUGAGUGUGUGGAACUGUCCGGCUCUGGACGUUUGGACACGAGGGCUUUUUCUGCCUGCGCUCUGAGGAGCAUCACUGCGCGCAUGUAACCUGUGUGUGUGUGUGUGUGUGUGUGUGUGUGUGUGUGUGUGUGUGCGCGUGCGUGUGCGUGUGCGUGCGUGCGCCUCCUCCUGCCACAGCCACUUGCAUUCCAACAGCAAUUAAUAUGGGCAUUAUUAAUUAUUAAUAAUGGCACAGUUAAUUAUUGAAAUAAUUUAUAUACAUGGUUUUUUGCCCGAGUUUUUUCCUUUCCUCCAUGGCCAGUUCACUUACUUACAGCUCAAAUAAUCACAUAGUUACUGUAGUAAUUUACUGUAUGGCCAGCUUUUUAUUUGUAUUAUGUCUCUGGUCCUUUG